UUGCGUUUCGUCAAGAUGGCGGCGUCCUGUGUUAGUUGUCAAUUUUCAUUUUAGGUCGUGUGUUACGCCGCAUUGACAGACUUUUAAAGCAUAUCUUAAAAGGAAAUCAUAUCAAAUCAAGUAGGGUGAUAGGUAACAUAAUGGAGUCGUACGUGGCUCAGUGGUGUACUUAGAAUAUUUUAGACCAGUGAGGAUGAAUGUCAUCAUAACGUCAUUGUCAUACUAAACAAGAGUGGUGUAGCUGUUAACCUUCCUCGUAACUGCGCUGAUUUAAUUUGAACGUUGUAGGCUAAUUGUCUAACUUUGUUAAUGUAAUUUAAGUUCUGCCGUUUACAUAAUUGGUUUAACAGAAUUCUACUUACGUGUUAAGACUGAAUAGGAAUCAGUCGUUGCUUUACUCUAUUUUAACUUGUACAGUAGUAAAACACAUUAAGGGAAACAUGACAGUAAUUUGGUCUCGACUCUCGUGCAUCGGUUUGCUAAACCGUGGACAGAGGAACAUAAGUUUUUUUUCCAACACAACGCCUUCUAAUUGGAAUAAAGUGGUUUCGGAUGCAGAGAAAAUAGUGGGUUAUCCGACCUCCUUCAUGAGCCUGCGAUGCUUGUUGAGUGAUGAACUCAGUAAUGUAGCAAUGCACGUGAGAAAACUGGUUGGAACAAAACACCCAUUACUCAACACUGCCAGGGGCUUCGUCUAUGACAGCAGAAACAACCUUCAGAUGAGAGGCCUGGUGGUCCUGCUGAUGUCGAAGGCAGCGGGUCCCAGCCAGCACACCUCCUCAGACCUAGUCUCCCAAGACAUGGUAAGCGGCAUCUACCCCAGCCAGAGGAACCUGGCUGAAAUCACAGAGCUUAUCCACACAGCUUUCCUUGUGCACCGUGGAAUUGUUAAUCUCAAGGAGUGGGCAAACUCAGAUGGAACUCUGAAGGACAUGCAAUUUGGAAACAAGAUGGCUGUUCUCAGUGGGGACUUCUUGCUUGCUAAUGCCUGCACCGGACUGGCCCAGCUAAACAACACUAAGGUUGUGGAGUUAAUAUCGAGUGCCAUUGGUGACUUGGUGCAAGGCAUCUACCAUGAGAUGCCUAACAAUGUGGAGGACAAGAGCCUAACUGAUGACAUUACCAUGGUCACAUGGGAGGAGCAGAUGUUCUUGUCUCAUGGUGCCUUGCUGGCGAAAAGCUGCCAGGCAGCGAUGGAGCUUGCCAAACAUGAAAAAGAUGCCCAAGGACUGGCCUACAAAUACGGGAAGCAUCUAUCACUGGGCUAUAAGUUAAACUCAGACCUACAGCCAUUUAUGAAAAGCAGUUCAGCAGACCCAGUUACAUUCGGUUUGAACUCUGCCCCUGUGAUUCUACACCGGCAGAUUGUGGGACAGGAGAAAUGGCAUCAUCAGCUGCAACAGGCAAAAACUAUUGGAACACAAAUUGACUAUACAAAGCUGCGGUCCUCGAUCAAGUUGGAAGAUGGUAUUACUUCAACAAUGGACCUGUGUCGUUACCACAGCAGCAAAGCUCUGGAGUCCAUCCAGUUUUUUCCUUCCUCUGAGGCGCACUCAGCCUUGGAGAACAUCGCUAGGGCUGUUACAAAGUUCUGACCCCCCUUUAAUCCCCUGUGGCCUCAGGACAAAUUGCACAAACAAUCAAUGCUCAAACACACACUGAAACUAAAAACAAUUGUGGUUCUAUUUAAACAAAUCAAUGGGCAGAACACAUGGAAUGACCCUUCCCCUCAUUGCUCCUACAGGCAUUUACCACAAAUUAAAUUAGAUGCCACUGUUAAAACCCCAUUUAACGGUUUACUAUUAAAUCAAUUCACAUCAUGUCAA